GCCGACGUGAAGUAAGAGGGGGAGCGCGAGAGAGAACGCGAGAGUGAAAGAAAGAGUGAGAGAAAGAGAGAGUGAGACAGAGAGAAAGAGAGGAGUGCGCGAGUGUGGCAUGUGCAUACGCGCAAAAGGGAGCGAAAGAGAAGGAUCAAAAUAAUACGAGAGAAAAGCGCAUCGGGAGAGGAGAAGAGAGGGAGAGAGAGAGAGAGAGAAAGAAAGAAAGAGAGAGAGCGGAGACUAUGUUACGAGUCGUCUUGGUCGUCGCAGUCAUCGUCGUCGUGCCGCUCGGUCUUGCCUGAACAAAGGAAGGUUCUUCUCCCUCGGCUCUCCGCGUCGAGGGUCGUUUCCGAUCGACGAACCGUCGGGAUCCUACCUCGGGUGUCUUCGGCGCGGCUCGUAUGCGUCGGCCGCGCACGAAGCGGUCAGUCACGUAGCAGCGGCCGAGACGUGAGGAACAAAGGACGGCGGCAGGAUCUGCGCGCGCGUGAAAGAGGGAGAGAACGGUGCGGGGUAACAAAACCGAGCGUUGUAUUGUACAUAUACGGCGGUCGUGCGCGUUACUCCCGACAUUGUUGACAUUUUAGGGGCCGGUGUAAACGCUCGUUCGAUCGAAAGUCUUCUGGAAAUCGAGAAAGAGAGGCAGAGAGAGAGAGAGAGAGAGACAGAGGGAGGAGAAAUUCUUCGAGAGCAGCGCGAGCCAAGUAACACCGGUGCUCCGAAAGACAGACGCGUCGUCGCGAACUCGACUUGUGCAUUGUGCGUUGUUUUUUUUGCUUUUUUUAUACUUUUCUAUCCCGACGAUAUCGCAGUGCGACGAUUCUGGAGUAAGGAGAGAGAGAGAGGAAGAAAGAAAGGAACGUAUAUACCUGCCUGUCGGAUAUCCUUCGAAAAGGGACAGGAUUUGUGAGUGAAAGGGAGAAGGACCGAUAUAUAUUCGAUCGAGAGUGCAGAAGAGUGAGAGUGGAAGAAGGAGAGAAACGAGAUCCCUCUCGGAUUUUUUGGCCUGCCUUGCCUGUCUGCCUGCCUGCCUGCCUGCCUGCCUGCCUGCCUGCCUGCGCGACGAACCGGCGACCUAACCUAACGACAACGACGGUUGAAAAGUGCGCGCGAGAAUCCGAGAGAAAGAGAGAAUCUCGUCAGUGCCGAGGGUCAAGGGAGAGAGAGGAAGAGAGAGAAAGAGAAAGAACGGGAAAGAACGGGAGGCGAAAGGACGAAAGUGAAAAGGUAAAAUUGGAACGUCCUCCGUUCUUCGCUCUGGCGUAGGUUUAAACGACGUCGCGCGCGUCGUGAGGUUUUUUUUUCUUGUGACAUGUGCCGCGGAGUGUACCGCGAUUGAAGGGAGACACAAACGGGAAGCUCAAACAUUUAUUCGGCAACGCACGGAUUAUCCUCGUGUUUACGGGAUGCCGGUUGACUGAAGAUGGCCUCGCCGACACCCUCAUUGGAAUCGCGCGCAAAUUCCCUCGGGUCCCCGGUCUCGCUGUCCCCAGUAACGGUGAGCGGCAGCUCGCCGCCUGCUAGCGAUUCGGCGAUCUGUGACGUCGACAGCUGCGACUUGUGCCUCGACGCGCCAAAGUCGGGCGAAGAUCCGUGCCCGCGCUGCCGACUGGGUAGCACCGGUGGCACCAGUCGCAUCCGUUGCACCGGUUGCAAAUCCACUGAAGCUGGCGCUGUAGCGCGUUGUUACGAUUGUGAUCAAUUUCUCUGUCCAAAUUGCGUGAUGGCACAUCAAUACAUGCUCUGUUUCGAAGGCCACCGAUUAUUGAACCUGGCCGACUCCAAGCUGGAGACCUCGGUAGCGGCGGCGGCGGCGGGGGGGGGCGGUGGUGGCAAGACUCUGGUUAUCAACGGCACCGGAAACAGCAACAACGGUGGCAACGCCGAGAAGGUACACUUCUGUUUGCGACAUAAGCAGGAGAUAAUCAAGUACUUCUGCCGAAGCUGUAAUGUGCCAAUUUGCAAAGAGUGCACGCUGACGGAGCAUACUGCGCCGCUACAUGACUGUGCCCACGUCACGGAAGUAGGCUCGCAACAACUGGAAGCAUUGUCGCGGAUCAUCCAGGAGUGUCGCUCGAAGGCGGCGGACGCGCGUGCGGCGGUCAAAGCAACGGACCAUAAUACCGCAAUACUACAGGUGCAGUAUCACAAAGCGCAAAAUGAGAUCAACGAUACCUUCCAGUUCUAUCGAUCGAUGCUGGACGAGCGCAAGCAGGAGCUGUUGAAGGAACUCGAUUCGGUGUUCUCGACCAAGCAAAUCUCCUUAAAUGUGCUCUCCCAACGAGCCAAUGAGAUGGCGGACAAAAUGAUGCAGACCUGCGACUUCGUUGAGCGUGUAACCAAAGUUACCACUAUCACAGAUUUCCUCAUGGUCAAGAAGAUCCUUGAGGCUAAGCUUCAGUCACUGCUCAGUUACACUCCAAAUACAGACAUUGCCAAUCAGACAGCGGACCUCGAAUUCGUCAGCAAUUAUCAAGCGAUACAAGUGGGAGUGAGGAAUACCUUCGGUUACGUUCGGAGUAAUAGUAACAGCGAAAAUAACGCGAUCGGCAAACAACCACCUAUCGCACGACCUACUGCUCUGUCGAGCAACGGCAUUGGUAGCAGUAGCAGCAGCAACAUUAGCAACGGACCCGGAAGCGGCGUUGGUUCUCUGGGCAGUCUUCUCUUAGAUCGGACUUACAGUAACGGCCUGAUCUCCUCCAGUAUGAACUGCGGCUCGUCAUCCUCACCUUCCUCGAUCGACACUGUCAGCAGCGUGAUCUCAAAACGUUUCAGUUCGGCCAAUAGUCUCGGCCCAUUCUCCACGACGAUCAGCGACGUAAACUUAAACGGCAUGAAUACCAAUCCAUAUGAGAAAUGGAGCAACGGCGGUAGUGACACUUACCCGGUCGUGACGACGAACGAUCAUUUCGCGAUGCCGUCGGUAGCUGUAGCGACGAACGCCGCACCAGGCGAUUCCGUCCUUGACUUGACUUCGAAACUGAUGUCCGCCACCGCGAUAUUCCCGCCCAAGUCACAAAUUAAACGACAGAAGAUGAUCUACCAUUGCAAGUUCGGUGAAUUUGGCGUGAUGGAGGGUCAGUUCACCGAGCCAUCGGGCGUCGCGGUAAACGCGCAGAACGAUAUCAUCGUUGCCGACACGAACAAUCAUCGCAUUCAGAUCUUCGAUAAGGAAGGCAGGUUCAAGUUUCAAUUUGGCGAGUGCGGUAAACGCGAUGGCCAAUUACUUUAUCCAAAUCGCGUCGCCGUUGUGAAGACAUCUGGUGACAUUAUUGUUACGGAACGUUCGCCGACCCAUCAGAUUCAAAUUUACAAUCAAUACGGUCAAUUUGUACGCAAGUUUGGCGCAAAUAUCCUCCAGCAUCCACGUGGCGUCACCGUCGACUCGAAAGGACGGAUCGUCGUCGUAGAAUGCAAAGUUAUGCGUGUCAUCAUCUUUGAUCAGACUGGCAACGUUCUACAAAAAUUUGGUUGCUCGAAACAUCUCGAAUUCCCGAACGGCGUGGUGGUGAAUGAUAAACAGGAGAUCUUCAUCAGCGACAAUCGCGCCCAUUGUGUCAAAGUUUUUAACUACGAGGGCUCUUACUUACGACAAAUUGGCGGUGAAGGUAUCACCAAUUAUCCGAUUGGCGUGGGCAUCAAUACGCAUGGCGAGAUACUGAUAGCGGACAAUCAUAACAAUUUCAAUCUGACUAUCUUCACGCAGGAUGGUCAGUUGGUCUCAGCUCUUGAGAGCAAGGUGAAGCACGCACAGUGUUUCGACGUGGCGCUAAUGGAUGACGGCUCGGUCGUACUGGCCAGUAAGGAUUACCGGCUGUACAUAUACCGCUAUGUACAGGUACCGCCGAUUGGCAUGUAGAGCAGUGACGCGUCACGACGACGACGAUGAUCGUCGUGCGCCAGUGUCAACGUUUUUCAUCGUGUCAUUGUCAUCGCCAUCAUCAUCGCCGCUCUUCGUCGUUGGACGGUCGCGUGGCCACCACGAUCUCAUCGAUCUUUUCUCUCACCUACCUUCGCUUGUCUUCUACGUCUGCUUCAUCGUCAACGCUCGUGCGCUCAACUCACCAUCUUCUUCGCCAUCAUCUAUUCAUCACCUUCUUCGCUCGCCCCAACGAGACCUUUCACGCCGACCACGAGAAAAAAGCGCACCAUUUAUUGCUUCAUAUAUGACUCUCAAGGAACCGACUCCCGAGCGAGUGUCGUUUACGCGGCAAGAAAAUGGGAGUCCCCUCGCCGGAACUUUCCCGAGGCGCUCCUCUUGUGGACUCUGCCGAACGACGGACAUCACCGACGGUAUGCGAGAAAGCACGCGCGCGCUUCCCUCGAUAUCCUCCUCGCGUUUCCGCGAGCUAUCCCUCUUUAUCCCGCGUGGACGAGCGGAAAGAAAGAGGAAAAACGCGCGACGCUUUGUAUGCAUAGCCCUUGCGAUGCUGGGCUGUUUAGGACCCGCGAGAGAGAGAGAGAGAGAGAGAGAGAGAGAGAGAGAGAGAGCAACCCUGCCCCGAAAAAUUCGCGCGCGCUCCUUUCUUCACGCGUACGCGCUAUGAAUACGCGUGCGCGUACGCGAUAACUUACUUGUUAAUGUUGUUAUAAUACUGAAAAUACUGUUGUUGUUGUUUAGUUGUAGAGCUCGCCGCCGCUAGUCACUUCCCCCCUCGCCUUCCACCCUCCGAUCCUCUUCCCUUCACGCCCAUUCCCUUCGUUACCAUUCUCCUACCUUCCCAUUCCCAUUUCCCACACUAACCACGGUCUUCUCUCUGAGACCUCGUCCGACGAUCACAUCAGGAAGUGCAUUUCCACUCGUCGCGACGACAUGGUCCACACUAACACAUGCAUCGAGUUGUUACGUGUGCCCGAAUCCACGCGCGUAUUAUCAUUUUUGUUACUCUCUUUGAUGGUGAUCGAUCGCGACCGUCGCGCUCGGGUCACUUCCGAUCAUCGCGCUUGAAAUGUCUCCCUCCAAAUGCCGUGCGAGGUUCGCGAGGAAUGUCCGUUCGUCGCGCGAACAUCCGUUUCGAUGUAUAUCUCGUGAGAGAUUCGUUUUGAGAUCUAUGAAAUCCAACGAUUUUCUGCAAACCGUUUUCAACAGGUUUGAUUUUGUCCCAUGGGACAUGAGACUGAUUGCCGCGAGUAAUUAUUGCUUUACUUCGAUAAGCUUCGAAUUAGCUCAUACAUCAUCAGCACAUCUUAUUCGCGGUUUUAA